UUGUGUUUGGCAAUCAUCUGGUUUAUCAUUCCUCUAUUGUCAGGGAAUUUGUUCUUUUACCCUACAGGUCCAGUUCGGUUAAAGAGCAGCUUUAGACAAGCCCCUCUACUGACAGCUGCUCCCGUUCGUGCCCUCGUUGAUGAGCAGAUCAGCAUUGAAGGCCGUUUCCUUCCUCCACAUUCUCCAGUCACAGUGUGCGCACGACUGCACAGCGAUGAUGGGGACCUGUGGGAGUCAUUUGCUCAUUAUAACACUAAUGCCGACGGCACUGUUAGCUUGACCCGUGAGGCUUCGAUCGGAGGCUCCUAUUUGGGCUGUGAGCCAAUGGGACUUUUUUGGGGGAUGCAGCCUGCUCCCGGAGCAAGAGAGGGUUUGAGGCUAAGGAAGAAAAAUGUGGAGACUCCUUCUAUGGUUAAUAUCUCCUUACUGGAGGGUCACGUCUCACCGAAUGAAGGGCCGCUGCCAGAGCUGGCAGCUGUGACCACCGAGCGCUGGUACAUGGCACCAGGAGUGAGGAGGACAGAGAUCCGUCAAAACGGAGUUGUGGGGACGUUAUUUUUACCUCCUGGGCCAGGCCCGUUUCCAGCCAUGCUGGAUCUGUGGGGCAUGGGUGGAGGACUUCCAGAGUAUCGCUCUUCACUGUUUGCAUCCAAAGGGUACGCCAGUCUGGUUGUUGCCUAUAUAGGGCACAAAGACUUGCCCGGCCCACCAAAACGUGUCAAUGUUGGGGAUUCUUAUUUUAAGGCAGCCUUCCACCUACUUCAAGAUCACAGUCAAGUCGUUGCAGACAGAAUUGGCAUCAUUGGCCUCUCAUUUGGAUGCUACCUGACGCUUCGCAUCGCAACUCGAAUUGGAGUUCAACCAUCCUGUUUGAUAUGCAUCAAUGGCCCAGUUGGGAGUACAGUUCCACUCAGAGAUGCAAGUGGCAAGACAGAAGUAUUUGAAAGUGACCAAAAAUAUUGGACGUAUGAUGAUCAAGGACAUGUAAUUUUCAAAGAGGUCUCCUUACCUGCCAACCUUUUCCCUGAGAGCAUCGUCAAGUUGGAGAAGCUCACUUGUCCACUGAUGUACAUAGUGGGCGAGGAUGACCUGAGUGCUUCAAGCAAAGAGACUGCAGAUCUGAUUGAGGAGACUCUGAGGGCUGCAGGUAAAUCCCAGCUGUUCACCCGUUUGUCGUACCCUGGUGCUGGUCACCUGAUUGAGCCUCCUUAUUCCCCCAAUUCGAGAUCAUCAAUGUGGUCCAUCAAACCAAAGAAAUUGGUCACUUUGUGGGGAGGUUACCCUGCACCCCAUGCUGCUGCACAGGAAGACUCAUGGAAGAAGAUCCUGGAUUUUAUGGAAAGUAAUUUGAGAUGUUGA